AUGCAGCGCAAGGUGCUGCUGGCAAAUGGGGGCAGACGGCAGAAGAUGGCAGUUUGCGCAUCCAUGCAUCUCGCGCACCAGCUAAGUGGACCGGGCAGCUUCUGGAGUAAGAGACUGGGGACGAGACCGGAAGAUAGAAACUGGCCACCAUGGGCUGGCAACCCGAUGCCGUUGGACAUGCUACGCAUAUGUCAUCAUAUGUCUGCACUGGCGCAUCACAAGACGUUCGCAACUGUCCUCCUGCUUCCAGCUGACGUCUCUGUCGUCGUGGCAGGUGCAGCGUCAGGUGUGAGGAUGGGGCGCUUCGUUCAGUUCCUUUGGUCCUCCUUGGCCUGCGGAGUGGCAUGCGUUGCGUCGGAAGACUGCGCAGGCGCGGAUUGCUCCGACGCUUCCGCGGUACUUCAGCACAAGACUAAGGCCAAGGGCCGAAGCACUCACUCUCACAGUGGGCGCGAGUGUUCCAAGCCUUAUCCCUUCAUCUGGGACAAUGACGCGAACUACGACGACACCUUGGCGCUCUUGUACCUGGCGCACAGUGAGAACCUCGAUUGGAAGGCGAUCACGAUCGAGUCGGAUGGGAUGGGAACCCCACAUGGAGGGCCCACGAACAUUGCAGCCGCGGCAAGCCUGGUUGGCUUGGGUGAUGUUCCCAUUGCCAUGGGGGGCCUCUCGAGCUUGAGCCCGAUUGCCACCAUGCCUUUGCAGUGGCGUCUUGAGACCGAUGAGUUCUUUGAGCGGAUGUUUAGAGGCGGGAUCUUGGAUGAGACCGACAGUGCAAUCGUGGACUUGACGGCGGCACAGCUGAUCGUGAAGAUCUUGACGGAGUCCGCCUGCCCCGUGGUCAUUCUAACCACAGGCCCAGCAACCAAUGUGGCAGAAGCACUGGACAUGGAUCCGUCGAUUGCAGGGAACAUCCACGGGAUCUACAUGAUGGGUUCUGCCUACGGCGUUCCAGGCACCAACAAUGUCUACGAUUGGCAAAUGACAUACAACGGUGUGAAGGGCUCCUGCACCGAAGACGGGGGCCAGACCUACACGGGCCUGUCGCCUCCACUUAACAGGAGCGGAGUGGUAAGCGCGAUUCGUCCAGAAUGCCGAGGCGUUGACAUGACUGCACACGGCGACACAGAGUGGAACGUCUUCAUGGACGUACGUGCAUGGCACAUGGUCUACGGCUUUCUGAAAGACUUGCCUGCGCAUCACGUCUAUGUCUUGGCUGCAAAUGCUACGCUGAACAUGCCGGUGACACUCGAAGAAAUGGAGGAGUAUGCAGCUAGGCGGUGCAAAUACUUCUUUCAUGGCCAGGCAGCAACGCUGGCGGAUCCAGGCCUCAGGAUCUUUGUCACCGAGCUGGCCAAGGCCUUCCUCGCAGCCGGAGAAGCCAAGUGGUGGGAUGCUCAGUGUGCGGUGGUGAUGGACCAAGUCUUGUCAGGGCUGAAGCAAGGUGUGUGCUCCAACUGGUACGAUGACAAGUUGACCAGUGUAUCCCUCGUGUGGAGAUCCAAUCUUACUGAUGGUGAGCUGAACCCUUAUGGUAGCGUCUAUGACGACGCGGACGCGCACGCUCCCCCGAUCGACUACUGCUUAGAUGGUAACGUAACCCAGAUGUGGGAGGUCUACUGGCCCAUGGUCAACCAGACCGGCUAG